CUGGAUAUAUAAAUAUAAAUCAGCAAAUUGAAGGUGGCAGAGAAUUUUCUUUUCCAACACAAAAAAGAAAACAUGUACAAUCAGGCAUGGAUAGAACUCGGGAAGUUGAAUGGUGUGAGUGAUUUAGAAAGUCUCUCUACUGGUUUCAUGUGGCUAGUAGGAAAGUAGUCAAAGAAGCUAACAGACUGGAGAACAUGAAAGCAUCAGCAAGUAUAUUUCCCCUCCUCCCAUGCGACAAUAUGCAAAUAUUUAGCGUGUAAAUGAAAACAAAAUAAAAACCCACUUACUCCUUGGCAAACCUACCUCUUUGUGUUGUUCAAAGGCAGACAUUGUGGACGUGAGUAUUUUACUAACAUACCUUUUAUAGCACAGUAACACUUUGGUGCAGAGUCUGCUGUUGAUCCACAUUUUGGGUGAUACAAGUAACCCUUACUUCUCUUGAGUCUCAUUCACACCUCUCUUUGCUCUAUAGACUGCAGGUCAGUCUAGAGCACUUCAUGCGUAUUCUUGAAGAGAAACAGGAAACUGUGCCAAAUCAUUUCUUCAUCCCGUUGUACUUCUGCUGUCAGAUCACUUCUUCUGUGGCAGAACCUGCAGCGGGAGGGUCUAGCAGCGAAGGGAAGUUCAGUGAGUUAAUAGUUGUAGUCUUAUUAAAGUUAUAUUGUCUAUUAGAAAUAACCAUGUAUCAUGGUUUCCAUACCAGUGGAUCUACUAUUGUCUUUUGUUUCUCUCAACAGUAUCUUUGAGUGUAAAUUUAGUAAAUACAUACACAAACUAAACACACAUUUUACCACCCUAUAUUAUCAUAUGGAUACAGGGCAAUUGAAAUUACAUGUAUGCUGAUUUUUAAAAAUAAAUAAUCCAAAAAUACAUUCCAAGUGUGAUGGGUUUAGCAUACCCAUUGACUUGACUGUGCACUGUUGCUCUUGGUAGUCCAGUGUACAAAGGGUAAAAUCCUUAUUGCUAUUUUCAGCUAAUGGAGCUACUCAUUUUAGCUCAAGUAACGAGGACUUUUGUUUCUGAAACCAGAAGUCCUAGGAUCUAUUCCUAAUGCUGCCACCUUUAGAUGGUAACUGUUGGCACAGUUCAGGGCAACUGCACCUGUAUUCCCCCUCUGUGGUCUGCCAAAGGCACCCACUCCAGGCUCCCGGCUCUUCAGCUGUCACAUCUCUCUCCUUUCUUAUUGGGGUUUUUCGAGCAGUCACCUCCCCCUGACGUUUCCUACCCUGCUGCCAUUUAUCCAGUUUAGUGGAAUUUUUUCACUUUUGUUUUAAUGCAUUUGUUUGUUUAUGUUGCUAUAUCCUGAACAGAGACUUACUUGCAUUGAUUUCAGGUAGGGUUGGGCAAGAAUUCAACAACAGGAAAAGCCAUAUCAGGAGGAGCAGCUGCUCUGCCCUGAAGGUUUUUUCACUCGUGAUCUAAAUCUAUAGUCACAUAACAAUAGGACAAGAAGCAAAUUAACUGAAGAUAAAGACAGAAAAGUUGAGGCCAUGUCUUCUAUUAAGAUUGAGUCUGUUGUGAAGGAGAAGAACAGGAUGGGAGAGUGCCCAGUAUGGGAAGAAAGAGAAAAUGCACUUGUAUAUGUGGAUAUUAAUUCACAGAAAGUUUGCCGCUGGAACUCAGUCACCAAUGAAGUGCACAGUGUGUCUGUGGAUGCUCGUGUUGGCUCAGUGGCCCUUCGGAAGUGCGGGGGUUAUGUCAUUGCCUUGGGAACCAGAUUUGCCUUUUUAAACUGGGAAACGGAGUCAGUAACCACUAUUGCUGAACUUGAACAGGAUAAACCAAACAACAGGUUUAAUGAUGGGAAAGUGGAUCCAAAGGGGAGAUUUUUUGCUGGUACCAUGGCUGAGGAGACAGAACCUGGUGUGCGAGCGAGAUGCCAAGGUGCCCUCUACACACUCUUUUCUGAUUAUUCUGUAGUGAAGCAGUUAGACCAGGUGAACAUUUCUAAUGGAUUGGAUUGGUCACUGGAUCACAGAACCUUCUUUCAUAUUGAUAGCCUGGCGUAUGCUGUCCAUGCCUUUGACUAUGAUGUGCACACCGGAAAAAUCGCCUGCGGUAAAGUUUUGUACCAAUUAGAAAAGGAGGAACAAAUGCCUGAUGGAAUGUGUAUUGAUGCAGAAGGGAAACUUUGGGUGGCCUGUAUUGAUGGAGGGAGAGUGAUCCGUAUAGAUCCUGAGACAGGGAAAAGAAUCCAGACUGUGAAGCUGCCUGCUUCAAGGAUCACCUCCUGCUGCUUUGGUGGAAAAGAUUAUUCAGAAAUGUAUGUGACUUCCGCCUAUGAUGGGCUAGACAAGGCAUCUUUAGCAAAGGAACCUCGAGCAGGAGAGAUUUUCAAGAUAACGGGCUUGGGUGUGAAAGGAAUCCCACAAUAUUCAUAUGUUGCUUAAAUAUUAACAUUUUAUAGCACACAAAAUAAAUGCAUAGCCCAUGCAGGAGCUGUUUUGAACAGGAACUGUUCAUUGAAUUGCAAAACUAUCUAUCUGAAGAUUUUUCUAUGCACCUUUUGGAACUUAGAACUAAAUUUUUCUUCUCCAUGUUUGGCUCUACAGCAUGCUACCAGAGUGGAAUUUUAGCAGACGCAGAUAAUGAGGUAACACUAGAAGUGAAAACAGAUUUUCAGAAUGCGUAGGCCUGUAACAUUUCUUAUGCUCUUGCAUAAGCCUUCUUUAUUAUUUACUCCAGCAUUCCUAGUUUUAAAAAAAUUCUUAUGGCCAGUUCUGCCCUGACCUACUUAUGUAGUUCUGAAGACAGAAUUUGAUUUAUGUUUUCAUGUUACAAUGAUGUAACUGUGAUGAGAUAUGCUCUGAUUUAUGUUACUUUUUCAAAUAUGUUGACUUGAAUCUGACGGUGGUUCUGCUUUUGGAUUUCCCAUAAGAGUGUUUUUGGCAGUCCUACUUCUCCAUUUUGCGUUAUUUAUUUUGCCCCACUGAACCUUUCGUCCUUUCACUGUCUUUAUUUCUGUCUUGUCUUUUUAGUUGAGGCCAAAUUCUGUGCAGUUGAAAAUAAACUGUGAUCGUGUUACAAAGUGCAUUUUGAAAAAGUUCUUUUGAAACAAAAAUUAUCCUGAGAACGCUGUAUGAAUGUGAACACACAGAGUCAGCAUACACUCAGGCCUUGUGAGAUACAGGCUUACCUUAUUAUAUUGCUGACUGAUGCUCUAUAUAAUCUCUCUGGUAGAGAGAGAGAGGGAAGGAGGAUGGAUGGCCACAGACAGACACACACACACUUCAUUGCUUUUGUUAUACCUUCUUUCCCUCCCUUCGCUCCUGUGGCAGACGUGGCACCUCUUUUCCUCCACUGCUUAGUGUCUGUUCCUUCUCCCCCAUGUUCUUUCUUUCUCUUGUGCCAUAUUCUCUUCCUCUCUCCUUCCCUCUCUCCAUUCCACUAAUGUCGCUCUUUUACAAUUCCCGUCUCUCUUUAAAAGGAUCCUCAUCGCAUUGUAUAUCGAGUUUGAAGUUCUUGUCCUUGUCUACAAGGCUCUAUAUCUCUGCCCAGGUCUCUCACUGCACUACCCCAGCCUCUUCCCUCUCCUAAAAUUGACUGCUUUCUCCCUGUUUCUCCCACACAAACAUCACAGUGCCUUAUUCCAUGCCACCACCUAUGCCUGGAAUGCUCUCCCAGUAUCUGACCUCAUUAAAAUCCCUCCUAAAAUCUUGCCCCUGCCACAAGGCAUAAGGACAAAGGAGGAGAGAAGAAUAAUUGUUUGUAGGAAGUGUGCUUCAAGUACCUGAGUCAUGGCAUAAUCUUAUUUAUUUAAUGCUGUCCAACUGGCUCCUAGCCCACCGUUUGUUCUCACCCUCACUUAAUUGUAGGUUGUAAGAUCCUUGAGACAAGAACCUUGUUUAAUUAAAUGUCUCUGUGAGGAACCUAUUAUGUAACUGGGCACCAUACAAAGAAUAAUAACAUACCCUCAGUCUGUCCCUCAGACUGCUACUCAUCACAGAAAGGAAGGUGGGAGACUUGGAAACUCAGCACUAGGAGUCUUGGGAGUCAGGGUGGGAACAGAGAUGGGUCUCUUCUAUAUUGGAAAUCCAUAGCAAUACUUUCUGGGUCAGAUUUUUUUCUCUUCUUCCCCUGGAUGAGAGGGACUUCUGGAUUCUUCACUCUAUCCCCAGUGGUGGCCGUCAAGAGCCAGGGAUGAUCGAGUGAGCAGUGGACUUCUCUUUCUAUGCAGGCAAAGGCUCAGCCCUCAGCCUGCCUGCAGUGAGCAGGGGGUGCGUGCAGCAGCAGCAUGAGGAAGCAGCAUGCCUCUUCUUUCUAGCAUGUGCUUCCAUUGCCGGGAUUGCGAAGGGACGGAAUGGGGAACUAGUGCACUUUCAAUCAGACAUCUGAAGAAAAUCAGUCAGCUCACCAGCCUGGCUGCCUGGUGUCCCGGCAUGGGCUUGGGUGAAUUAUAAACACUUGAUUGUGCUAUUGUAUCACUUUUCCAUUCCCAAAUGUGCAUCAAAAUGUCAUGUAUAAUCAUUCAUUAUACAGGGCACAGAUAUUGAAGUGAUGUUUAAAGUCUGAUAUAAAAAUAAAGCGCUCU